AUGGGUUCAACAUUUCUAGUUUCUACCAAUCCUUGCUAUGGUUCAAACAAUGGCAAGUUAUUGCAUCCAAAAUCCUUGGUUACAAGAACAAGUGCUGAAGUGAACAGAGCCUACUAUGGAUCGAGUAGGCUUGCUUUUCUUCCGUUAUUGAAAGAAGUAAUUCCUCAUACUGAUCUUCAUGUGCACAAAAUUGUGGAGAGGCAGUCCCUGGCUGAGGAACAUCCCUUUAGAAGGCGAAAGUUUGAUCCUUUAUUUCUUAAAGAAGCAUAUGAAGGGUGCAGAAAAAUUUGCGCCGAAUUCGCUGGGACUUAUUAUCUAGGAACUUUAUUGAUGACAGAGGAGCGAAAGAAAGCUAUAUGGGCUAUUUAUGCCUGGGGUAGUAGGACAGAUGAGUUGGUGGAUGGUCCGAAAGCUGCCUAUAUGAGCCCUAACGCUCUUGAUUGCUGGGAAGAAAGAUUGCAAGACAUCUUCGAUGGUCGCCCCUAUGAUAAACUGGAUGCUGCACUUACUGAUACUGUUUCCAAGUUUUCUUUAGACAUUAAGCCCUUCAAGGACAUGAUCGAGGGUAUGAGAAUGGAUAGUAGGAAAUUUCGAUACACGAAUUUUCAAGAGCUCUAUCUUUAUUGCUACUAUGUUGCUGGCACCGUCGGCCUAAUGAGUGUUCCGGUGAUGGGAAUUGCACCAGAAUCUUCUGUUUCUUCUCAACGUGUUUAUGAUGCAGCAUUUUACUUGGGUAUUGCAAAUCAACUCACAAACAUUCUUAGGGAUGUUAAGGAAGAUGCAUUGAUGGGGAGAAUUUAUCUUCCACAAGACGAGCUCGAACAAUUUGGUUUAUGUGAUGAGGCUAUUUUCGCAGAAAAAGUCACCGAAAAUUGGAGAGAUUUCAUGAAAGAGCAGAUUGCAAGGGCAAGAUUCUAUUACAAACUUGCAGAGGAAGGGGUCUCACAUCUUGACAAGGAUAGCCGUUGGCCUGUAUGGUCAGCCUUGCUGUUGUACCAACGAAUAUUAGAUGCAAUUGAGAAGAAUGAUUAUGACAACCUCACAAAGAGAGCUAAGGUUGGAAAGAUUGAGAAACUUGUCAUGUUGUCCCAAGCAUACAAAAAAGCUCAAGCAGCACCUAUGUAA